AUCAUUGCGAGUGUUAUGUGCAUGUGCCUGUGCCUGAGCCAGGCCAGCGUUGGCCAGGCCCAGCCUGUGUCGCUGCCGGCGCCACUGGACGCACAGCUGCUGAGCGUGGUGGACGAGAUGACACAGAUCGGUGAGAACGCUGGCAAGGCGCUGGUUCAUCAGUAUGAGGAGAUUGUUGUGGAGCCGCAACAGCAGCUGGACCAGGCCGUCGAGCAGGUGGAGGUGCGUCGCUCUGCGAGUCCACAGUGUGUGGCCGAGCAGGAUGCGCAGAUCGAUAGCAUUCUGGAUACCGCACAUCAGGAGCUGCACGAAUGCGGCUUGACAGCAGCCCACGAUUCCGCGGAGAUUGUCACCGAUGUCAACCAGGCCACGCAGCAGCUGGUCUUUGGCGGCUACGCCCUGGGGCGCACCUACAACAAGUGCCAGAACUACAAGAAUGUCGUGCUCAAGCAGUCCUGCAUGGCCAAGUUCUAUAUUCAGGCCACUGUCUACUUGGUCAGUGCCCGCUCCUCCCUUAAGACCAUCAAGCAGACCACCAACGAUCGCAUUCCGGCCGUCUUCACCGACAGCAAUGCCUGCACCCAUGUCGCCUCCGAGAAGGCUGUUACGGCUCUGGAUGUGAUCAAUGCUGAUAUCGAUAAAUGCAUUGGCCAGGCACGUCGCCGUUAAACAAUCCGCUUAUCCAUUUAGUUAAUAAAACUUGUGUAACCCAGUUCGGUUU